UUGCAGUAUUCGCAAUAAGUCAAAUGUCAGCCAAAGCAGCCAGCCAGCUGCAAGGCUCUGAAUUAGAAAAAGAAAAACUGAUUGAAAUCCAUAAAAUACAGAAUUGAUUCUAUCGAACAUUUUAAUAGAAUGUCAGCACGACAAUUCCAAAAUUAAAGAAGUGGACGAAUCUGUUUAAUUAUACAAUAUAUCAAACAAACAAUAAACAAGUUGUUAAUCUACCAAAUCUUAUUUCGGUGCCAUUUCAUAAUGUUUGAAAAUGUGAUGGAUCAGUGAAGGUCACAGCUUCUGUGGAAAGUAUUAUCGACGUCAGUUAGCUACCGUCGUACACAUUUUGUCGUGUUUGCGAACGAUACGGUUUACGUAACAAGGUCUCUUGACAAUACUUUGCAUUUGGAUAUAUCACAAUUAUCUUCGUUAAGAUGUGGGCUGUAUGGGCAAGAACCGCACGUAGCGGGCGCAAGUUCGAGCGCUCACUUUCCAGCAUUGUAGAGUUGCCCAAGUUCCAGGACUUCGGUGUGCAGAAUGAGCCGGUCUUGGAAUAUCGUGAGGGCAGUGGCGAGCGCACUGCGCUUGCUGAGGAGCUGAAGCAAACCGCUGCUGUCACUGAGGAGGUGCCCAUCGUCAUUGGCGGAGAAACUAUCAAAGAAGGCGAAGCGCGUUACCAGGUGAUGCCUCAUAACCACUCCAAAAAAAUUGCAAAAUUCUAUUACGCGAGUGAGAAAACCAUACAAAAAGCUAUCAAAGUGUCUGUAGAUGCUCAAGCACGAUGGGAUCGAACACCUCUGCAGGAACGUAUUCGUAUCUGGCAAAAUGCUGCAGAACUGAUGGCUGGUUCCCACAGGCAAAAACUCAAUGCUGCUACUAUGCUGGGUCAGUCUAAGAGUGUAAUACAAGCAGAGAUAGACUCAGCUGCUGAACUCAUUGAUUUCUUCAGAUUCAAUGUGUACUUUUUAAAAGAGAAUGCCAAAUAUCAACCUAUUUCAGAAAACCCAUCUGUGACAAGAAAUUCUCUUAGAUUCCGUGGCAUUGAUGGAUUUAUUGCUGCAAUCAGCCCUUUUAACUUCACAGCUAUUGGGGGCAACUUGGCCUACACCCCUGCUCUCAUGGGUAAUGGUGUUGUAUGGAAACCAUCUGAUACAGCACUAUUGUCAAAUUGGCGGAUCUUUAACAUAAUGCGUGAAGCAGGGCUUCCAGAUGGUGUUGUUAACUUUGUUCCAGCUGAUGGGCCCACAUUUGGCCGCACAAUUACUUCGUCCCCUCAUCUAGCAGGCAUUAACUUCACUGGCUCUGUUCCAACAUUUAACUGGCUGUGGAAUGAAGUUGGCAAGAAUCUCAGCCACUAUAAAAAUUACCCUCGGCUGAUUGGUGAAUGUGGAGGAAAAAAUUAUCACUUUGUGCAUCCUUCAGCUGAUAUCCAGACUGUGGUCACUGCUACAAUUCGCUCAGCAUUUGAAUACUGUGGACAAAAGUGCUCGGCAUGCUCAAGAAUUUAUGUACCCAAAUCUCUUGCGGAGCCAAUAAAGCAUGGAUUAGUUCAAGAGCAAGCUAAAUUAAAGAUUGGUGACCCAUCAGAUUUCAAAAUUUUUGCUGCUGCUGUGAUUGAUGAUAAAGCCUUUAACAGAAUCACAGGUUACAUAAAAAAUGCAAAGAAAAACUCUAAGAAUAAAAUCAUUGCUGGAGGUGAAUUUGAUGACAGCAAAGGCUACUUUGUCCAGCCCACCAUAAUUGAGACCACUGAUCCCCAUGACAAGCUUAUGACUGAAGAGAUUUUUGGCCCUGUGUUAACCAUGUAUGUGUAUGAUGAUAGUGAAGUGGACAAGACCAUGAAGCUCAUUGGAUCAUCUACUAAAUUUGCCUUGACUGGUGCUGUAUUCUCAAUGGACAAGAACUUCCUACACAAGGCUCUGGAUGAGCUCAAGAUGACUGCUGGCAAUUUCUACAUCAACGACAAGUCAACUGGAUCAGUUGUAGGCCAGCAGCCAUUUGGUGGAGGUCGCAUGUCUGGUACCAAUGAUAAAGCAGGCGGGCCUGGCUAUGUCAUGCGCUGGACAACACCCCAAUCCAUCAAAGAGACCUUUGUGCCUCUACGUGACAUCGACUAUCCUUACAUGAGAGAUUAAAGUAAGAAACCUCAAUGAAGAUUAUUAGAAAACACUAAUUGAUAUCACAGUACAAUAACAAUAACUAAAUACAUAUUCAAUAAUAAUGAUAACUUAGUUAAGGUCGCUGAAUAAUUAGGCUUACUUAGUAGAUAUUAGGAUGUUAUUCUCAUGAUGUAACUUUAAAGUAUUAUUUUCUUUAAAACAAUUAAAGAUUAUUAAUAUAUAUUAGACUUAUUAAAAGUAGCAAUUUACUGAGUAAGUUAUGGAAACAAGAACAAAAGAUGUAAUAAUUUGUGUAAAGUAGGUACUUGAUUGUGUACCUUUAUGUUAUGCUGCAAUAUAACAAAUCUAAUAUAUUAUACCUGUUAUUUCAAAUAGUAGCACUAGGGUAGAGUUGGUUGUUAGGAUGAUAUGAUGCAAUCGUUUGUGUGAUAAUAAAUGUUUAAUUUAUAAUAAUUUUAUUAGUGGCGUCUCUUCUUGCUUACUAUCGCGUCGCAACUGUCUUAUCUAUUAUUUGCUCUUGUUAUCACUAUCCAGUUAACAUUUAUCUGUUUGACUUUCAGCUUCGUCUGCUCUCUGAUUCAAUUAAAUGCAUUUAACUUACUUCAUUCGAGUUUCGUAUUAUAAACACCUUUGUUAAUUAUUAUGUCAUUUCAGGUGCUAGUUCCUGUUUAUUUGUAACUAAGUGUUUUCGACUAUGUUUGACUGUUCAUUAAAAUAAAAGAUUUUAAUUUA